GCGCCCACGGCCAUCUUUGUGCGGGGCUGAGUUUCCGCCCGCGCAGCCGCGGGGACUCCGCAGUGGGUUGCGGGUGAUGGAGCGGUGGGCGCGCCCGCAGCUCAGGCUUUGGCUGCUGUUGCUAUUACUGCCCCCAGCGCCGGGCCGCCAGAAGGAGUCAGGUUCAAAAUGGAAAGUAUAUAUUGACCAAAUUAACAGGUCUUUGGAGAAAUAUGAGCCAUGUUCAAGUCAAAAUUGCAGCUGCUACCAUGGGGUCAUAGAAGAGGAUCUGACUCCCUUCCGAGGAGGUAUUUCCAGGAAGAUGAUGGCAGAAGUAGUCAGAAGGAAACUAGGGACCCACUAUCAGAUAAUUAAGAACAGAUUAUACCGAGAGAAUGACUGCAUGUUCCCUUCAAGGUGUAGUGGUGUUGAACACUUUAUUUUGGAAGUUAUUGGGCGGCUUCCGGACAUGGAAAUGGUGAUUAAUGUACGAGAUUAUCCUCAGGUUCCUAAAUGGAUGGAGCCUGCCAUUCCAGUCUUCUCCUUCAGUAAGACAUCAGAGUACCAUGAUAUUAUGUAUCCUGCUUGGACAUUUUGGGAAGGGGGACCUGCUGUUUGGCCAAUUUAUCCUACAGGUCUUGGACGGUGGGACCUCUUCAGGGAAGAUCUGGUAAGGUCAGCAGCACAGUGGCCAUGGAAAAAGAAAAAUUCUACAGCAUAUUUCCGAGGAUCAAGGACAAGUCCAGAACGAGAUCCUCUCAUUCUUCUAUCUCGGAAAAAUCCAAAGCUUGUUGACGCAGAGUAUACCAAAAACCAGGCCUGGAAAUCUAUGAAAGAUACCUUGGGGAAGCCAGCUGCUAAGGAUGUCCAUCUUGUGGAUCACUGCAAAUACAAGUAUCUGUUUAAUUUUCGCGGUGUAGCUGCAAGUUUCCGGUUCAAACACCUCUUCCUGUGUGGCUCACUUGUUUUCCAUGUGGGUGAUGAGUGGCUUGAAUUCUUCUAUCCACAACUGAAGCCAUGGGUUCAUUAUAUCCCCGUCAAAACAGAUCUCUCCAAUGUCCAGGAGUUGUUGCAUUUUGUAAAAGCAAAUGAUGAUGUGGCUCAAGAAAUUGCUGAAAGGGGAAGCCAGUUUAUUAUGAAUCACUUGCAGAUGGAAGAUGUCACCUGUUACUGGGAGAACCUAUUGACUGAAUACUCUAAAUUCCUGUCUUACAAUGUAACAAGAAGGAAAGGCUAUGAUCAGAUUAUUCCCAAAAUUUUGAAAACUGAACUCUAGUAGUCAUCAUCAUCGGACCACAGUCCUUCCUGGCAGCAGCCCUCAGAGAGCCCGUGUUGAGAAGCUUCCCAUGAGUGUGGUACCUCUACCUUGAAUACUGUUAUCAAGCCAAAUAACUGGUUUUUCCUUAUUCAUGCUGCACGCAGAGCCACUCUCGAGAAAGAUCCAAAAUGUGUAUGAUACCAGACAUGAAGCAGCUCAAUGCUUUGGCUGAAUAAGGACGAGGAAUCAUGAGACGUGGGUUUUGAACCCAAUUCUACUUUUUAUUUUCUUAAGACAAUCCCAGCUUGUGCCUACAGACAUCCAUACUUGUAUGUUCAUCACUGUGAACUGACUGCAUCUGUGGGAUGAUACUUUGUCCCCUUAUUUGGAACAGAAAAAUUAAUCAUUUGGCACUAGUACAACCCAUCACCACCGCAGUUCUGCAGUUAUUCUAGGUUUGAUCUCUGUCACUGUAUUUUAAUGUAGGAGGUCUUAUAGGGUUUGUGAAAAACACCUGGGGAUCAUUUCUUGAAAGGUCUAAGGAAGCAGUAGUUGUACCAUGCAAUGAUGGGGCAGUUCUCUUUUGUAAAACCAUAAGCUUUUUGGUACUCAGGAGGUUUAUAUAAUGCAGAGAAAGGGGCCAAUUGUAUGAGUAAUUAUUGCAAUUGGAUUUCAAGUUUUCCCCUUCUGUGCCUUCACACACAUGUUUCUCUAUUUAAAAAAAAAAAAAAAAAGGACAAAAGCCUCUUAAUAAAUUUAGGAAGUAGUCCUCUUUAAUGAAGCUGUGCAUAGAACAGCAGCUCUUCUUCACUCCUUGCACACCCUUAAUAUUUUUUCCUCUUUAGAUUGGCAGCAGUCCAUAUCCUCAAAGGUGUGCAGGGACCUCAAGGAGUCUCCACCUAUGAAAUGUUACAUUGGGAGUUGAGACCGUCCAACUUGAGCACUUAACUUACGUCAGAGAUAUUUCAGUACCUCCUUUCCCCUUUCCUCCCUUUUUGAAAGACAUAUUUGGGUAGUAGUUUAAUCUCUCAGGAUGCUCUUUCUAACUUAGUUAAAAACGAAGAAAACUUUUUGGAUGAGAACCCACAGUGUCUGGUUACUCAGAACCACCCUUGUCCCUUAGGCCCAACUUUUUCCACAUUGAAAUCAACUCUUCCUUUGCUUAAGAACUGUUCAGUAUUAUUUGGUUUCAAAAUUAAUAGACGUGAGGUUCAGUCAUAUAAAAUCAGGGAUUUUAUUCCAUUAGUGAGAAAUGUAUUUGGCUUUUUAAACUUCCUUCCACAAAAGUUUAAGUCUGAGGACUUUCUUAGAGGAGAUGACUAUCCUUGGUAAGAGCGUUGCA